AUGAAAUGGUACAGUACUGAGGCAACUCAAGGGCGAGAAGACUACACAGUUGCUGAUAGCAUGCUAAAUUGGGCCAAAAGCCAAAGGUUGUUGGUUCGUGGGCACAAUGUCUUAUGGGACGAACCCAAGUACCAGGUUGGGUGGCUCAACUCACUCUCAGGAAAAUAUUUCUAUCAAGCGGUCGUUCAAAGGAUAAAAUCUAUCGUUACAAGAUAUUCGGGCCAAUUAAUUGCGUGGGAUGCUGUUAACGAGAACAUGCACUUCAAUUAUUUUGAGUCUAGGCUUGGGACGAAGAACAAAUUGUUCAACAUAAUAAACUCAUAUGACAAUCAUACACCAUUGUUCUUGAACGAGUUUAAUACAAUUGAACAGCCAACUGAUAAGACUAGCUCACCCGAUGCAUAUAUGAAAAGAAUUCAACAAAUAAGGGACAACGGAUAUCAUGGCCCAUUAGGAAUUGGGCUUGAAUCCCAUUUCACUAUACCCAAUUUAGCUUACAUGAGAGCUUCCAUCGAUAAACUUGCAACUCUAAGAUUGCCCAUUUGGCUCACAGAACUUGAUGUUGGUUCUUAUCCUAAUACGGCAAUUCUUUUGGAUCAAGUGUUGAGAGAAGGACAUGGGCAUCCUGCAGUUGAAGGACUAGUAAUAUGGGCAGGAUGGAAACCAACAGGAUGCUAUAGAAUGUGUUUGACUGAUAAUAAUUUCAAUAAUCUUCCAACAGGAGAUGUCGUAGAUAGAUUUUUGAGAGAGUUUAUACACACCGAUGACCAUCUCGACGUGACCGACGAUAUGGGUUAUUUUGAGGCAAGACUUUUUCAUGGAGAAUACUCAUUGAGAGUCAAUAAUAAUACAACUUUAGAACGUUACAAGAACCUCAAUGAAACUAAGGAGUUUGGUUUUAACUCUGUUUCUUCUUCUCCGCAAGCAUCAGUUGAAGUCGCCGUCGUCGAUCAUUCGCCGUCAAUCAGGUUCUUCGCCGCCGCUAGGAUGGGAAUUGGGAAUAGGUGGGUGGACAUUGUUGUAGGAUGGGAAUUGGGAAUUGGGAAUAGACAGAACUAUGGUUUUUGGUAUUUUCACGGGGAACAUAGAAUUGAACAUGAGAGUGUAAUUGCUGCUAGUGAGAGUGAUGAAGAUGAAUCAAAUGAUGAGCUUGUAGAAGAACCGAUGAAUGAUAAUUGUAAAGUUUGUGGGCUGUCCAGAUGGAAGAUUAAUCAAUCUACUAGUACAAUUCGUAAAAAAGUGAAUGGCAAGUUUAUUCCCAAUAAGGUGUUGCGAUAUUUUCCAUUAAAACCGAGGUUGCAAAGACUUUUUAUGUGUUCCAAAAUCGCUCCAAUGAUGACUUGGCAUAAAGAUAAUAAUUCUGAAGAUGAUGUGAUGAGGCAUCUGGCUAAUUCAAUGACAUGGAAGACCUUCGAUAACUUGUAUCCAGAUUUUGCAGCAGACCCUCAAAAUGUGCGACUUUCUUUGGCAAGUGACGGAUUCCAACCCUUUGCUAACGGGAAAACAUCGUACAGCAUUUGA